AUGGCGCACAUGCACACAUAGAGAGCCUUGAAUUGCAUCUCAGCCAUUCUCUUUGCCCUUUCCUUCUUGAAUUAGGGAUUUUGCCUUUUCCCCAAAUUCUGUAAGAUACUCGCUGCUCUUCUUCAUAUCCUUCAUCUUCUUCCUCCACCACCGCUUACAUCUUCUCUUCCCUUAUGGAUUUCUCCUUUAGAUUCAUUUUUUUCACUAUAUCUCCUCUUAAUCUUCGCUAACAAUACUUUCCUUCGAGCUUCAGCUUGUUUUUCCCUUUUUUUGAAUCGCUAUUGGGAUUUUUGGGGUGUUCUUGGAUCUGUGAGCGAAGCGGUAUUGUGGGGUCUUUUUUUUCUUUUCGAUCGGUAUGGUAGGAGGCGGACCUCAAGUUCUUGAGCAGCAACAGCAAUCUCUGCCUCAACCCCUAUCGGCUGCCAACGAGGAGGCCGUUAAGAGGAACACCGACUGUGUUUACUUUCUUGCUUCACCUUUGACUUGUAAAAAGGGGAGUGAAUGCGAGUAUCGCCAUAGUGAAUAUGCCCGGGUCAAUCCUAGGGAUUGCUGGUUCUGGUUGAAUGGUAACUGCUUGAAUCCAAAAUGUUCAUUCCGACAUCCACCUCUUGAUGGCUUGGUAGGAACACCUCAUUCAACAAAUUCGAGUUCUCAGAUUCCUUCCCAAACUUCAGCAAUUCCAUCCGCUCCUGUCAAUUCGAGUAAACAAGGAGUCCCCUGCAUUUUCUUCCAGAAGGGUUUGUGUCUUAAAGGAGAUCGAUGUGCAUUCUUGCAUGGGCCUUCUCCUGUUCCAAUGAACAAAGUCCCUCAGACAACAGCAAAUGCCCAAACUGGCAAGCCACCGAGUGUCAAGAAAGUUUCUGGUGGUACCCUGAGAAGUGGUCAAGAGCAGAAGAUACCUCGAGCAGAUUGUUCGAAGUCAAUUGAUGGGGCACCUCUUAAGCUUGCAACAAAAGAUGAAACUGUGCCGUCAAAUGUUGGUGACGUCAAUGAGAAGAGUGGACCACCUGCAGAAGUGGCUGAUGAUGGUUCAAGGUACAAGGCUACAAAUUCUCUUCCUGUUUUAAAUGAAAGCUCAUUAAGUAGGGCCAGUCGACUGCAACCGAGUCAUGUAAUAGAUGAUUAUGGGUUACAGAAUGGUAAGGAUGCUGAUGAGUUUUUGAGAGAGACCUCUCCAGGUUUUGAUGUUCUUGUUGAUGAUGAGCUGAGAGGCUCUGGUUAUUAUGAAAGUGAAGAACAGUACGGGAGAACAAGAGGUCACGAGGGAACAAAUAUGAUUUCUAUGAAUGACUAUGAAAUUGGUCAUUCUUCUGAUUAUAAGAUGAUUUCUGAUGUUGAUCAUGAUGUUUAUAACAAUGUAAUUGACUAUGACUAUGACAGUAGGCAAGGGCAGUAUGGUUGGGAUCGGCAUAGGUCCUCAUCUGAGAAGUUUUCGAUGGGGUCAGCGCAGAUGGAUAAGAGACUUUUCCCAAAAUCUAACAGUCCAGAACAUAUUCAGACUAUGGAUUUACGUCAUCGUUUAAACAAGCAGAGAAGGGGAAAUGGUUUGAGAUCUGUGAUCAAUAAUGAGCAUACUGCUGGUCACCCUGAAGAGCGAAACUAUCACGCUCCUAGGAGAGAUUCUCACCUCUCUCAAGAGAACUCCACGAGUAACCGUCUCCGAGGUAGGAUAAAGCUCCCAAGGAUACCGUCUCCAGUUAGGAAUAGCAAUUUGCAGCCAGAAAGAGAUUUAAACCGGGGUAGACCCUGGGGAAGAUUGCUACCUGGAAGGUCACAGUCCUUGUCUCAUGAGGGAAGCAACAGAGAUGAAAUGAAAGGCAGACUGGAAGAAGAUUAUAACAAUGAGGGUAGAAAUUUCAAUGGUCUUAGUUCUAGAAGGGAUAGGAUGGAUGGAACGUCGGACUUUGCUGCUCCAAAAAGUCUGGCUGCGCUGAAAGACAAGCAUGUGGGUACUAAGGAGCAGCAAACCCUUGGCAAAAGAAAAGGCUCAGAUAAUGAACAAUCUGGAGGUGAACUUUCGUUUGAGGGACCGAAGUCUCUUGGUGAGAUUCUUAAAAAGAAGAGACAAGUUAAAUCUGAUGUUGACCCUCUUGUGAAUAAUGAUGAAAGAGAACGCUGUGUCGGAUCAAUUGAACGCUCCACUACUCCCCUCUUGAAGCAAAGUGGUCUAUCAUCAACGGCCAAGCAAGAAUCGAACAGUCUUGAAGGAACCAAGUCCUCUCCAGCUGAAGCUUUUGGGCUAGAGGAAAAUAUCGACGUAUCUCAUCACCUUUCUUCUCAGCUUAUGCAUUCGACUGAUGGCCACGAGAUUGAAGCUUACGAUGAAACACUGGAGGAGGAUCAUGAAUAUGAAGGAGAUGAUCAGAGAGAUUGUGAAUACAAGUACGAGCAAGUCGACUAUGGGGAAUACAAUUACGAAGAAGGUGAGAACAUAAAUCCUGAAGAAGAAUACAUGGACGAUGAAGAUGGAGAUGACUUUGCCAAAAAAAUUGGUGUCAUGUCAUGAUCACGAUCAUGAGCAGCGCAGAUCACUCAUGCUCUUUGCUAUGAACAUUUUGUUUCUGAGGACUUGCAUGGUCAGUUCAAGAUUGAGUACAUGUUGGUGGCUGCAAUGAAUAAUCUUCUGAACCAUCAAUUAUUGGACACUCCUCUUGUAUUAAUUGGAAGAGAACCGUCUUUUUACUUGAUUUAUUUUCCUGCUUUAAUUAUAUUUUAACAACCCUGAUUUGAAUGGGAGAUGUUGGUUAUGCUUGAGGCAUGUAGUCGUGCUCACCAGUCGAAACGAAGUAAAAGUAUGUUGCAGUUGGCGAGAGUGAAUGGUGUAAGAGUAGAAAGUUGAAUAAGAAAAUUGAUAUUCUUAUGCACCUUUCAACA